GCGGAGACGCGCCGGAUAAGAGCCCCCCCCUGCGCCUGCGCCGACCCAGACCGGCGGCGCAACUCCCGUCUGGGCUUUCAUCAGAAUCCUCCCGCGGGUGAAGAUGGCUCUGAGAGGACCGUUCUCCCGAAUCCUCAGGUCCAAACUGGGGAAGUGCUCCCAGCAGACCAGAGCGGAGUCUGUGGCGGUUCUGGGAGCCCCGUUCUGCAGGGGACAGAAAAGAGGAGGAGUGGAGCACGGACCCAAAGUCAUCCGGGAUGCGGGGCUCGUCGAGAGGCUGUCCAGUUUGGAUUACUCCGUGCACGACUUUGGCGACCUCAACUUCCCCCCCGUGGAGAAGGACGAGCCCUACAUGGGUGUGAAGUUCCCCCGAACCGUCGGCGCAGCAAACAAGAUGCUGUCGGGGGCGGUGAGCAGAGCCGUGGGCGCCGGACACAGGCUGGUCUUGCUGGGGGGCGAUCACAGCCUCGCCAUCGGCUCAGUGAGCGGCCACGCUCGCCAGUGUCCCGACCUGUGUCUCAUCUGGGUCGACGCCCACGCAGACAUCAACACGCCGAUGUGCUCGCCAUCGGGAAACCUCCACGGACAGCCUGUGGCGUUCAUGCUCAAAGAGCUGCAAGACAAGAUGCCCAGUAUUCCCGGGUUCUCGUGGAUGAAGCCCUUCCUCUCCUCGAGGGACCUGGUGUACGUGGGACUGCGGGACGUCGACCGCGGAGAGCACCUCAUUUUGAAGAAUCUUGGCAUCCAGUACUUCACCAUGAGGGACAUCGACAGACUGGGCAUCCAGAGGGUCAUGGAGGUCGCUCUGGACCAUCUUCUGGGAAGGAAACAGCGACCCAUCCACCUGAGCUUUGACAUCGACGCCUUUGACCCGUCUCUGGCCCCCGCCACGGGAACGCCGGUGAACGGAGGCCUCACUUACAGAGAAGGAAUCUACAUCACAGAGGAGAUCCACAACACAGGUCUGCUGUCGGCCAUCGACAUGGUGGAGGUGAACCCCACCCUGGGCGCCAGCAGCGAGGCAGUGGAAGCCACCGCCUCUUUAGCCGUGGACGUCAUCGCGUCGUCGCUGGGACAGACGAGGGAGGGCGCUCACGCCUCCAUCAGCGUGAUCCCCGCCGUGAAAAGCGACACGGAGCAGCUCUGCCUAUGAAGCAAACCCAGAACCUUGGAUCGAAUCCUGACCAUUCCACGCUUCUCCUGUCUACACUGUUGUUCUGGAGGUCCAGUGAAUCCAUGAAUCCACGAGAUGUUUGUGCUGCAAAGAGAGACUGAAUAAUUUAAAAAACCACUGCACCUUUUGAGGCCGCUGCUGCUCUAAAAGAGGCCAUUCUUAUUUAUUUGUUAGCGUGUUACGAAGCGUGUGUCACGUGUGGGACUGAUCUGCAGGGCAUCAAAAAGAUUCAUAUGAUGAAAAGUGGACUUUAAUAGCAGCGCCGUUUCUCAGAACACUCUUCUGGACCAUGUGUGGUUACGGUUUUCGUUACGUUUUAUUUACUAAAAAAGGCGCUUUAGAAAUCAUCUGGUCACGAAUAGUGCUGCUUUAACGCUCGUUUGUCUGUUUUAUGGCGACUGAUAAUCGUGUUACAAAGAGCCUCUACUUUGGUCUUCCAUAAAUGUGAUUUCAUUUUUG